AUGGAAACAAAACGUUUUAUUAUUCUUAUUCUUUUAAGUCAUUUAGUAUUAUUUUAUUCAAUAUUUGAUGUUUAUUUUACAUCACCAAUUAAUCAUGGAAUGCCAGUACAUCGUUCAACUCAAUCACCACGUGCUAAACGUCUUGUACUUUUUGUUGCUGAUGGUCUUCGUGCUGAUAAAUUGUUUCAACAAUUGAAUAAUACACCUUAUCUUAAUUCUAUUAUUCAGAAUAGAACAAGUUUGAGUGGUAUUUCACAUACACGUGUACCAACAGAAUCGCGACCGGGUCAUGUUGCAAUUAUUUCUGGUUUCUAUGAAGAUGUAUCAGCUGUUACACGUGGAUGGAAAGAAAAUCCAGUUGAAUUUGAUUCAAUAUUUAAUCGAAGUACAUAUACAUUUGGUUUUGGUAGUCCUGAUAUAGUUCCAAUGUUUAAACGUGGUCAAUCUUAUGAACAUUUUUAUAUUGAAUGUUAUGGUGCAGAUAAUGAAGAAUUUGGUAAUGAGCGUGCUCAUGAAUUAGAUCUUUGGGUUGAAAGACAAUUUGAAAAAUUUUUAUUAAAUAAUACACUUAAAAAUGAAUUACAUAAAGAUAAAAUAAUCUUCUUUUUUCAUUUAAUUGGUAUUGAUACAAAUGGUCAUUCAUAUAAACCAUGGUCAAAUAUUUAUAUGAAAAAUAUUCAUAUUGUCGAUGGAAUUAUUCAACGAUUAGAAAAUUUAAUUGAAAAUUAUUAUAAAUAUGAUCAAAAAACUACAUAUGUAUUUACAUCAGAUCAUGGUAUGACUGAUUGGGGUUCACAUGGUGCUGGUGAUGAUACAGAAACAUUAACACCAUUAAUUAUUUGGGGUUCAGGUAUUCGUUCAUCACGUCAUACAGAUGUUCAUAUUGAACAAGCAGAUUUAUGUCCAUUAAUGUCUUAUUUUCUUGGACUUGAUUAUUCAAUAAAUUCAGUUGGUCGUUUACCAAUUGAUUAUUUAUUACCUGUUGAUGAAGAUCUUCUUCAAGCUUAUCUUCAAAAUGCUCGACAAUUACUUGAACAAGUACAUAAACAAUAUGAUUUAUUAAAACAACGUUUAUUAUUUUUUAAAUCAUAUGAUUUAAAUGAAGAAAAAUUUUUUAAACGUAUGGAAACAGUUGAAGGUUAUAUGAAUUUAUAUCAAAUUCGAGAUGAUAUUAAAGAUUUUAUGCAUCGUGUUGCUUUAGCUAGUCAUUAUUAUCAUACGUAUCGACGUUUUUUACUUAGUAUAUUGAUUAUUGUUGGAUUUUUGACAUCUAUUUGUACGAUAUUAUAUCAAUUAAAUCCAAUGAAACCAUUAUCAUCAUCAAUAGCUUUGUUAUGUAAAAUAAUAUCAAUUUUAAUUUUUAUUCUUUUGAUAAUUGAACAAUCACCUUGGACACAUUUAUUAUAUCCAGCACUUGUUUGUAUACAUAUAUGGCUUUCAGCUAAUUUUGCUAUUAAUUGGAUACGACAAAAAGUUUUUAGUCAGAUAAAAUAUAUUUCAUUUUGGUUAAAUUUAUUUAUGAUUGGAAUUUUUUUACAAACAUAUAUUUUACCAUUUUUUUAUCGUUGGACAAUGUCAAUAGGAGUUUUCUUAUUAUUUAUUGAUGCUAUACGACGUUGGCAAGGAUCUUUAUUACAUGAUCGUCGUCGAUUAGCAUAUGGAAUUUUACUUUUAAUUAUUCUUAUUUUUCCAUUUUUACCAACAGUUGGUACAAUUAAAAUAACAUUAUCAUGGUGUACUGUAUUAUCUGGUAUAAUAACAUUAAUAUUACAUUAUCUUUAUUUUAAAUCUGAUUCUCAACAAUUAUAUAUUUAUUAUAUUCAACGUAUUUGUUUAAUACUAGCUAUAAUUGAUAAUUAUUUUGUACAUAAUUUAUCAAUUCGUUCACCAUUAAUUCAUAUACUUAGUUGGAUUCUUUUAAUAAUUUCAUGUUUUUUACCAUUUUUUUCUUUAUCAAUAUAUCGUUUAAAACGACUUAUUAUUAUAUUUACAUCAAUUUUAACAAUUUAUAUUUUAUUAUCAACACAAUAUGAAUCAUUAUUUGUUUUAUUUCUUUGUUUAUUAAUGUUAACAUGGAUUAUAACAUAUGAACAACAACAACAACAAGAAAAUAUUCGUUUAUUUACAUUUCAAUCAUUACUUUUUAUUUUUCUUGCUUUUUUUGGUACAGGAAAUUUUGCAUCAAUUAAUUCAUUUGAUCCAUCUAUUGUUUAUUGUUUUUUAACAAUAUUUAAUCCAUUUUUAAUGGGUUUUGUUAUUAUAUUUAAAUAUAUAUUACCAAUACUUAUUGUUACAUGUGCAACAGCAUAUAUUAUAAAAAAUCCUGAUAUGAUUAAAAAUUUUCGUUUAUAUACAUUAAUUAUAUGUGAUUUAUUAGCACUUGAAUUAUUUUUUUUUAUUAAAACUGAAGGUAGUUGGUUAGAUAUUGGUGAAAGUAUAAGUCGUUAUGUUAUACUUAUGGCAAUGAUUGUUAUUUUAAUAGCAUUCCAUUUUCUUGCAAGUUUAUUAUUAAAAAAAGAAUUAUAUUUACCAAAAUGA